AUGGUACUUUCAGUAUUCCUUCUUUGGCCUGCACUGGCCUCAGAGAUCGUGGGUGGCCGGCCAGCCCGGCCCCAUGCCUGGCCCUUCAUGGGGUCCCUGCAGCGGCGUGGGGGCCACUUUUGUGGGGCCACCCUCAUCACCCCAAGCUUCGUCAUGUCUGCGGCACACUGUGUGAACGGCUUAAACUUCCAGUCGGUGCAGGUGGUACUGGGGGCCCAUAACCUGCGGGCACGUGAGCCCACACGACAGACAUUUACCGUCCGGAGGGUCUUUGAAAAUGGCUUCAACCCCGUAACCCUGCAGAACGACAUUGUGAUUCUCCAGCUCAACGGGACAGCCACCCUCAAUACUAACGUGCAGGUGGCCCGGCUGCCUGCCCCAAACCGUGGCCCAGGUAAUGGGGUGCGGUGCCUGGCCAUUGGCUGGGGCCAGCUAGGCACAAACCGGCCAGCACCCAGUGUCCUGCAGGAGCUCAAUGUGACCGUGGUGACGUCUCUCUGCCCUCGCUCCAAUGUGUGCACCCUCGUGCGUCGCCGGCGGGCUGGCAUCUGCUUCGGGGACUCCGGUGGCCCCCUGGUCUGCAAUGGGGUAGUCCAUGGCAUCGACUCCUUCAUCCGGGGGGGCUGUGGCUCUGGGUUCUACCCAGACGCCUUUGCCCCUGUGGCACAGCUCGCAAGCUGGAUCAACUCCGUAAUCCGCCGCCAUGACGGAGUUCAUCAUCCACCCCCUCCCCACCCCAGAGAUCCCGCAAGCAGGACUCCAUAG